AUGUUGCGUGAAACCGGCGACUCUCGAGGCCGCCGCAAGGCCCCGAGCCCGCUGCACCCAGCAGCCAGCGCAACCACCUUGCCCCAUCACGACGAACCACGCUCGCCGCGCGAGAAGCUGGACGCCCUGCUCGCCGAGGAGGCGAACCACCACAACGCCGCGAGCCUGCCCGCGAGCCCGCCCGCCGCCUCGCCGCCCGCCUCGCCGAAGCCUGCCAUGGCGACCCGUCCGCACCGCCCUGACACGAGGCCCCAACCGCCUAUACGCAAUCACUCGAUCGAUUCAGCUGCUUCGUCUGUGUCGUCGAGUCCUUCGCAGACAUAUCGCCCGCCCGCCGGCCACGCCCACCGUCCGUCGCAGGACACAACGCUGGCUCACCCGCCCGACAUGGCGCGCCUCCUCGCCGCGGCGGGUUCGCCCGAGGCGGCGCUGCUGGCGCUGUGGAAGGAGAAGCAGAGCACCGCGGGGCACAACGCCCAGCUGUGGCGUCUCGUCGAGAAGCAGCGCGCCAUGAUCAUCGGCCUGCAGAAGGAUCUGGAGCGCUCACUGCGGGACAAGGACCGCUACCGCCGCAAGGUCAAGGAGCUCGCCGACGACGCCCCGCCCGUGCCCGGCGCACUGCUGAGGUCCGAUACGUCCGGCUCAUCCCCGCGGCCCGACCACCACCAGCCGCUCGAGGAGCCCGCCAAGCCCACCGACAGGCUCUCUCCGCUGGCACGGGAGCACCCCGCCGUGCCCGACUCGCAGCUGGCAGCGUCGCCUGCGCCCUCGCCCGCGCCCUCUGCCGACGCAGAACCGGCAUCGCCCCCCGACUCGGCCGUCAACUCCCCCACCGACUACUCCGUGAAGCCGCUCCUGUUCAGCGCAAAGGGCCCCAGCCUCAACGCAAUCGUGCAGGAGAUCAGCCAGGCAGCCCAGUCAGAGCCGCCGUCACUGCCAAGGAGGGUCGACGCCCCGCCACCAGCCGCCAUCGACACACAUCUGCAGCCCCCGCAGCUCUCCAUCACCCACGCCACACCCAUCCUCGGCGGCAAUGGCUUCGAGUCGCCACCGCGGAAGCCCACACAGCCGGCACGCAAAGCCCCGCCAGCUCCCCUCAACCUGUCCAGGCCCCUCGCUACCAGCGCGCAUCUCCACCAGGCCGUCCACGGCAACGGCAACGGGAACGACUCCGACUCCGACUACGAUGAUGUGCUGGAAGUGGACGAGAUACCCAUCGUGGACCGAGGCAGACGGAAGACGCGCGAGGAAGACGACCGCAUUCGCGAAGCCGCCAUGAUGAAGAACGACGAGGCUCGCAGCAAGUCGAAGAAGUCGAGCCGGAGCAAGAGCAAGACAAAGGUCCCCGUCGAGGGAGCCGACCGGAGCGUAGCAGCCCCUGUUCCUCCAACGCCUCGCCUCUUCAACCCCCUCCAAGCGGGCCUGCCACUUUCCCCGCGCCACCCGCCUGCCGGCUCACUGAAUGCGAUGCUCAGUCCUGCGUUGCUCAGCCCCGGUCUGCCCUCCAGCCCCCGCCCCGGAGACAGGCCACUGGGAUCCCCAUUGCCACGAUUUCCCAAACAGUCGUUGGCGUCACCCCCCAUGUCUCCUACUGGGAUGAUACCAGCAGCACGAUCAUUGCCACUUCCAAACCCUCCACCACCGAACGCGCCUCAAUCAUUCCAUUCACCUCCCGCGAUUCAAGUCGACCACUCUGCCAAGCCACAGACGGGCCUACCUCCAGAUUACGCAACCGCAACCCUUGGACAGCCAAGUCCAAGUACUACUUCGACUUCAAGCAGCCCAACUUCUCUCUCCAUACCUGACGCGGAGCACGUCUACCGUGGUCUUGUUUCGGAGCAAUACCCGGGGUUCCUGCUUCCACCCAAUGCGCUACCCUCGAUCGAGGUGAAGGUCUUUUCCUCACGUCUUCGUCCGUCCCGUAUGAGUUUCAUAUCUCCAAGGCCGCAAGAAGAGGAUCCAGUCUUCAUCCUCGCAAUAUAUGCUCGAUCUGACAGCAAGCAACUGUGGCGCAUGGAGAAGACCAUCGCUGCCUUGCCCGCCCUAGAUGCGCAGUUAAGGUUGUUGACCGACUUCAACGGGCAACUUCCCGAUCGCAGUCUGUUCAGCGGGCAUGCCCCAGCCAGGAUUGAUGCACGAGGAAUUGCUCUGAACCAGUACUUUGAUGCCAUACUGGAAACAAACAUGAACGAGAAGGCUGCUCUGAUAGUCUGCGAAUUCUUCUCUACGGAUGUCAUCGGUGCCCAGAAUGGCCAUAGACUGACCCCAGAGCCUACUAUCACUACUUCAGCAGCCCCAUUGCCCAAGGCUUCCCAUCGAAAGGAGGGCUACCUGACCAAGCGUGGUAAGAACUUUGGCGGAUGGAAGGCCCGCCACUUUGUAUUGGACGGUCCCGAGUUUCGAUAUUACGAGGCGGAAGGUGGUACUCAUUUAGGAACCAUCAAGCUGCACAACGCUCAGAUCGGCAAGCAGUCACAGCAACAAUCGAACCACUCACCACAACGCCGAGACGAUUCAGAAGACAACCAAUACCGACAUGCUUUCCUCAUACUAGAACCGAAGCGGAAAGACUCGUCAAGUCUGGUGCGGCAUGUGCUUUGUGCUGAAAGCGACGAAGAACGAGAUGCGUGGGUCGAGGCUCUCUUACAGCAUGUGGAUUUGCAUGAAGAGACUUCUCCUAUGGAGGGACAACCUUCGCCCAUGGCACCGCUACAGAAGUCACAGCCUAGCCAAGAGUUUUCGCACUCGCAGAGAAAGGACAGCCCGGACAUGCACCAGCAGGCACGACUACAGGGCAUUAGUUAUGAUGACACUGUAGCAGCUGAAGCGCCGGUACGCGGUCCAAACCACCGAGAGGGCAUGGGAGGUAAGCCUUCACGAGGGUCACCAAAACUUUCGUCCUUCUCGCAAGACAACCUUGGUCACUUCCCCGCCAUAUCUGGUCCGAGCAAUGGCACCCCCAUCCGAGACGCGGAGAAUUGGGGCAACAAGGCGCCAACUGGGCCUACAUCUGUCAAGGACAAGAAGCGCAGCAUUUUUGGGUUCAGGGGCCGUGGUUCGAAUGACCUAGCGCCCGUCCAGAUAAGCAGUCCCAUGCUCUCAAUCUCCGAACCCCGGAUGAUGCAUGCAAGUCGAAGUAUCUUUGGCAUACCGCUCCAGGAAGCUGUCGAGGUCUCCCAGGCUAUCGGCGUUUCGGCCCAACUGCCGUCCGUAGUCUUCCGCUGCUUGGAAUAUCUAAAUGCUAAGAAAUGCAUCAACGAGGAAGGAAUCUUCAGGCUUAGUGGUUCUAACAUCGUCAUCAGAGGCCUGCGAGAGCGCUUCAACACUGAAGGCGAUGUCAAGCUUCUGGGCGAUCAGUACUAUGAUGUUCACGCGAUAGCCUCGCUGCUCAAGUUGUAUCUGCGGGAACUGCCAGCGUCGAUUCUUACUCGCGAUCUGCAUAUCGACUUCCUCAAGGUUCUUGAUAUGGAUGAGCGCAGCAAGAAGAUCCAGACGUUCAACGUUCUCGUGCACAAGCUGCCCGCAGCCAACUUCCAGCUACUGCGCCACCUAUCAUCUCUCCUCAUCGAAGUCGUCGACAACUGCGAACUCAACAAGAUGACUGUCAGAAACGUCGGCAUAGUCUUCGCCCCGACCCUCAACAUCCCAGCACCGCUCAUAUCCUUCUUCCUAACCGACUUCCCCGACAUCUUCGGCACAGCGCUAGACGAAGCAAACUCCCCCAUCCAUGAGAUACGCGUCAACAACUCCCUCCUAGGAGGCGACGCCAUCCGCUCCCCGCGUCGACAGAUGUUCUCCGACCUCCCCACACCCGCGUACAACGAAACGACCUUCCAACAGAGCUACGAACGCCCACUCCCCCAAUACCAAAACAGCUCCGGCCUCUCCCACUCACCCCCACCGCAGCAACAACAACAGCAACAACUACAACCACAGCAACAGCAGCAGCAGCAACAACAGCAAACCGCCGGCUACGACGCAGGUUUCAUCCCCAUCCGCCCCAGCUACGAACCCCCCAGCUACGACACCUCCUUCCAAGGCGACGGCUACGGCAGCCUCAACAGCGCAGUCCAGUCCGGCACGCCCAGGGAACAGCGCCAAAGACGGCGCGAGAGCGGUAUGCUCCUGAUGAAUAUGGGCAUGGCGAACGGGCAGCGCAAGGGCUCGAAUGGCUCCGCCGCUAGCCAAAGGCCUAGAGAUGAUCUCAGGAUGGAUGCGAGGAUGGUGAGGGAGGAGUCUGCUUUUGAGUAA